AUGCAAGUGCCGGUUCUCGGCUGCACUUUCCUCACGCUGUCAGAUCAUAAGGAAAGUACUGCCGAGAACCGGCAGUUGUCAGAGCGGGGAUCGGCACCGAUCAUCAGGGCACUGAUGAUCAGUGCCCUGAUGAUCGGUGCCCAGCAGUGCCACCCGCAAGCUCCGCCCACCUGUGCCCAGCAAUCACCCACCUGUGCCCAGCAGUGCACCCACCUGUGCCACUCUGCAGUGUCACACACCUGUGCCCAGAAGUGCCACCCACCUGUGCCCAGCAGUGCCACCCACCUGUGCCCACCCACCUGUGCCCACCUGUGCCCACCCACCAGUGCCACCCACCAGUGC